CGCAGACUUCGGCUGUGGAGACUGUAAAAUUGCACGGAGUGUAAAAAAUAAAGUACACUCUUUUGAUUUGGCUCCGGUUUGUGAUCUUGCCACUGCAUGUGACAUGGCAAAAGUAAGUUAUUGUGGUAAUAAAGGUUUUAAUUGUAAUGCAGCCGAAAGACUAAAGACGGCUCUGUUUAUUACUUAUUCACAGGUGCCACUUUGUGAUUCUACAGUAGAUAUUGCUGUUUUCUGUCUUUCUCUGAUGGGGACAAAUCUGGGAGAGUUUUUGGCAGAAGCAAACAGAGUCCUGGUGAUGGGGGGUCUUCUUAAAAUAGCUGAAGUGGCCAGUAGAUUUGAAAAUGUGCGUUUGUUCAUUGAUGCAUUGUCAAGUCUGGGCUUCAAGUUAGUCAAUAAGGACACAGAAAACAGCCACUUCCACUCCUUUGAAUUCAUAAAGACAGGAAAAGCACCUGUGAACGUGAGGAAAGUCGGUCUUCAAAUUAAACCUUGUCUGUACAAGAAACGAUAAAUGUACAUUAAGUAAAUAUUUUGCUUCUUUAUGUAUGGACUGUGUAUGAAAGGUUUAUCAGCAGUAGUUCAGU